CUGAGUGCACGCGGAGGGGAUUUCCCUUCCCCGGAAGAUAAACCAGUAAAAUACACUGGUUGAGUGUUUAAGUCUUGGGGUUGGUUUGGAAAAGUGCUGGAAUUAAGGGUUUCAGUGCCUCGCCACUUGCUGUUGCAGGGAUGGGUUACCUCAAGCUGCUGGUGAUGAAGGAUUUCAAGUCGUGGCGGGGUCAGCAAGUUAUCGGCCCCUUCAUGAAGUUCAACUGCAUUAUCGGGCCAAAUGGAUCAGGUAAAUCUAACAUAAUGGAUGCUGUUAGUUUUGUGAUAUGUGAGAAGACAUCUAAUUUGCGAGUUAAAAGUGUUCGAGAACUUAUUCAUGGAGCACAUGUUGGAAGACCAGUUUCUUCUACUGCUAGUGUGCAGAUGGUAUAUUGCGAAGAAGAUGGGGAAGAAAAAACAUUUUCAAGAGUUAUCCGUGGUAAUUGUUCUGAAUUUCUUUUCAAUAAUAAGUCUAUCAGCCGAUCUGCUUACAUAUCUGAACUUGAAAAAAUAGGCAUACUUGUCAAAGCUAGGAAUUGCCUGAUUUUUCAGGGAACAGUAGAAUCGAUUGCAGUGAAGAAGCCGCGGGAGAGAACUCAACUUUUUGAACAGAUCAGUAAUUCGUGGGAAUAUGCUGAAGACUAUGAACGGAAAAAGAAAAAAAUGCAGAAAGCAGAAGAGGAUGCACAGUUCAAUUACAACAAGAAGAAAAGCAUUGCAGCAGAGCGCAAGCAAGCAAAGAUAGAGAAAGAGGAGGCAGAGCAUUACCAGACACUUGUCAAGGAACUGGAUGAGGAAAAGAUAGAGUUGCAGCUUUUCCGGCUUUAUCACAAUGAAAAAAACAUUUGCUUUCUGAAAAAAUGUUUGGAUGAAAAGCACAUGGAGGCUAGUCUCAAAAAAGAGUCUCUUUCUACAGCAGAGGAUGCAUUUACAGCCAAGAAGAAAAGGCUUGGUGUACUAAACAGAGACCAGCAGAACAUGGAAAGAGAAUUGAAGACUCUGGAAGCAUCGUUGAUUCAGCAGAGACCCCUCUAUAUAAAAGCAAAGGAAAACACUUCCUACCAAAUCAAGAAAGUAGAAAUGUCAAAAAAAUUGCUAAGAGACAAGGAGAAAUCCUGUGAUAAGGAAAAGCAGAACAUAAAAGAACUAGAGACAGAAUUAAAUGAUAUUGAGAAGGCUUGGAGAGCAUUUGAGAAGAAAGCUGAAGAAAUAUUGCAGAGAGCAGCAGAUAUUGAGCUAGAAGAAAGUCAGUUGGAGCAUUACAAAGAGCUAAAGGAAAUAGCAAGAAAGAAAGUAGCUACGCUAAACCAGCAGCUAAAAAAGCUUCGUUGGGAGCAAAAAGCAGAUGAAGAAAGGCUGAAACUGAAUUGGAGGAAGAAAAAAGAAGUUGAGGAAAACAUAAACCAGACUGUGGAACAGGUAGAAGAGCAUAAAAAACGGAUAGAGAAGUUGGAAGAAUAUGCCAAGAUAUGCACUGAAUCAUUAGCAGAAAAAAAGCAGCAAGAGGAAGUACUAACUAAAGAAAUCGAAAAUGCAACGAUACGAAUGGCUGAAGUGAAUGAAGAAUUGAACAAGAUAGUUGGUGAACUGCAGAAUGCCAGAAUGGAUUACCAUGAAGGAAGGCGUCAGCAAAUGAGAGCAGAGAUCCUGGAAAGUCUCAGAAGACUAUAUCCAGAUUCUGUGUUUGGAAGACUGAUUGACCUGUGUCAUCCUAUUCAUAAAAAGUACCAGCUUGCUGUUACCAAGGUAUUCAGCAAAUAUAUGACUGCUAUUGUUGUUGCCACUGAAAAAACAGCAAAAGAUUGCAUUCGCUUCCUAAAACAAGAACGAGCUGAACCUGAAACUUUUCUUGCUCUGGAUUACCUCGAUGUUAAACCAAUCAACGAAAAGUUAAGAGAGAUAAAAGGAGCUAAAAUGAUGGUGGAUGUUGUACAAACUCCGUUUGCCCCACUGAAAAAAGUGAUUCAGUUUGUGAGUGGGAAUGGCUUGGUCUGUGAAACAGUUAAAGAAGCAAAACAAAUAGCAUUUGAUGGACCAGUGAGGUUGAAAACAGUGGCUCUUGAUGGAACUUUAUUCUUGAAGUCUGGAGUGAUUUCUGGAGGAUCAAGUGAUUUAAGAUUUAAAGCUAGAUGUUGGGAUGAUAAAGAAAUGAAUACAAUGAAAGAAAGAAGAGAUAGCUUGAUUAAUGAGCUAAAGGACUUAAUGAAGAUCAAACGUAAGGAGGCUGACUUGAAGCAGUUGUAUGCUCAAUGCCGUGGAACGCAGACACGACUUAAAUACUCACAGAGUGAAUUAGAGCUUAUUAAAAAGAAACAUCUUGCUAAUCUCUACACGGAGAAAUCAAAACUGGAAAGUGAACUGGUAAAUAUUGAGUCUCAGCAUGAUAUGCUGAAGGAAGGAGUAGCACGAAGAAAAGAGAAAAUAGAAGAAUUUCAGAAAAAAAUUGAUGAGGUUGAAGAUUCUGUUUUCCAGGAAUUCUGUGAAGAAAUUGGUAUAGAAAAUAUUCGUGUGUAUGAACAAGAACGUGUGAGACAACAAGAGGAGAUUGAUAAGAAAAGACUGGAAUUUGAAAAUCAGAAGACACGACUAAAUAUUCAGCUGGAAUAUAAUCGUGAUCAUCUACAAAAGUUAACAAACACCAUCAGCAAGUUGAGGGAGACUGUUCGUAAAGAUGAAGCUGAGAUUACCGGACUACAGAAGGAUGAGGAAAAGCUUCUAAAAAAAGUGAAUGAAAUUAUGGAGGAGUGGCAACAAUUUAAGGAUAGAUUAAGUGCUCAUAAAUCCGAGGUUAUAAAAGCCCAAAAUGAAGUUGAAGAGUUCAGAAAGACAUUAUUAACUCUUAAUAGAGAAGCUACAAAAUUACAAAAAGAAGCUACAACUAUAGAAGCUGCUCUGGAAGCGAAAAGAUUGAGACGACAUAAUAUGCUUCUCGAAUGCAAGGUGCAGGACUUGAAAAUAAAGUUCCUAUCUGGAUUACUGGAUGACAUCAGUGAAGUUGAGCUAGGACCUGAAACAGAAGACACUCAGACUACAUCCAGUAUCUAUGAAAGGGAAGAGGCAAUUCAGAUCGACUACAGCAGCCUAGCAGAAGACCUGAAGGACCUAGACACUGAUAAAGAUAUACAGGAUCAUCUGAACCAGAUGCAGCAGGAAAUAAAAUCUAAAGAGAGUACUUUAAUGAAGACAGCUGCUCCAAACCUGAGAGCAGUAGAGAAACUACAGGUAGCUCGGGACAAGUUCCAAGAAUCAAGAGAUGCUUUUGAGACCAGCAGGAAGGAAGCUAGAAUACGCAGGCAAGAAUUUGAACAAGUGAAAAGAAGGAGAUACGAGCUGUUCAGCCGGUGCUUUGAGCAUGCCUCUGUAGCUAUCGACCAGAUCUACAAGAAACUUUGUAGGAACAGUAGUGCUCAGGCAUUCCUUAGUCCUGAAAAUCCUGAGGAGCCUUACCUGGAAGGCAUUGGCUUUAACUGUGUGGCUCCAGGAAAACGCUUUAUGCCAAUGGACAGUUUGUCAGGAGGUGAAAAAUCUGUGGCAGCCCUGGCUCUUGUGUUUGCUGUACACAGUUUUCGGCCAGCACCUUUCUUUGUUUUAGAUGAGAUAGAUGCAGCCCUGGAUAACACAAACAUUGAUAAAGUAAUUGAAAAAAAUGAUGCUGUAUGCAGUGAACUAAUACAUAUUGAGGACCUUAGUAUACUGCCAGUAUCAAGUUUCAUUAGAGAGCAGGCACAUGAGCAGUUACAAAUGAUAGUUAUUUCUCUAAAGGAAGAGUUUUAUUCCAAAGCAGACGCAUUGAUUGGAGUGUGUCCAGAGCACGAUGACAUUAUGGUCAGUCGAGUCCUGACUUUGGAUCUUACAGAGUAUGCAGACACUGAUGACCAGGAAGGAACAGAGAUGCACAAACACAGUUCAGUAUAAGGUGUGGAUGAUUGCGCAGCCAGGUGACAACAACUGUGUUUACAGGUGCCUGUUACAAAGCUGAAUCUGCAUGUGGCCGUUAGAGGUUGUUAGACAAACUUUUCCCUUUCAAAUGAAGCAGUUUUCUAGAAUGCUGAAGUAACUGUUAUUCAUUGAUACAGUUCUGUUAACAAUAGAGUGCCAGAUGUUGUUCCUGAAGUGCAGGUAAGCCUCUCGCUUUUCUGAUGAACAGUAACCUGCUUAGCCGUAUCCCCAGUGCACUGCUUAGACACACACUACCACUGGUCAAGACCUUUUGCAGUCUGGCUUUUCUGUACUGAAGCUCCAUCCAUUUGCCUUCAGAUAGGAUUAUUUUCUGUUUCUUAAAACAAGUUACUGUAAUCUGCCCAUUAUCUCAGGUUAUUCCUGUUCUGGCCAGUAAGACUUCAGUCUUCUGCUGCAACCCUAUGAAAAUACUAGUUACUUUACAAAAGCACAUAAUACAUCUCUAUAAGCAGUAUGCAGCCUGGAGAUAUUUCACCUGUGAGGUAUUUCACUCCACCCAAAAGUGGAAGGAAUAAAACAGCCUUAGAAAAAAAGUCUGUUGGUUUGCAGUUAAGACUGUUAUUACCUAGUUAUCCCAGUGAAGCCCAGUUUAUUUUGAUGGCCAUGCUUCAUCCAGGGAGCCAAGUUAAUGAAGUUGGUUGUGGAACACUGAGAGAGGCUGAAUCCCUUCAUCUGGCUUAUGUUUCACCUCAGUGUAUGCUGAAGAGCUUCAUUUGGUUUAUGGUUGUUCAUAAUUAGAUCUUAUGUUCAUAUACUAGCUUCCUUGUGUAUAAGCAGUACAGCAGACAUCUACUUUGUAAUGUACCACUGAUACUGUGCUUGUUGCACACAACUGGUGUCUGGUCAGGUGGGGUUGCUGCAUAGAAAGGAAUGAUGUGAGCAGUAAUAAUGUUCCUCUGGGAAUGUUUCAACAAUGUAAGUGUGCCCACUUAUAUUGUAGACAGAUGUAUGUCAAAUAGUAAUGUUACUGCCAUAGUCUAUUAAA